UUUGCAAUGAGGAAAUAGCUUGUCAAUGAAUUCACUGUGCGAAAAAUCACGUGCCAAGAGGUUAUCUUGGAUGUCAUUGGUUACUGUAUGGGUGCUGCUGUUGUCGUAUUUUGGUAGAGUGAUUGACUUGAUUCGACCAAAUACAUUUAGGCUACUAUAGCCUACGUAAUGGAAAGUGUUAGGAGUUUGACCCCCUCUCACUUUGUACCCUCUGAAAAGCUUGGUUUCAAUGAAUUUUGUGGGUUAGCCAACAUUUAACAGAUUGGAAGCAUACAUACGAUUUUCGCGCAGUAUGGCCAUGUUGGAGACCAUUUGGCUGUUAUGAAGCUGUAAAAGGUUUCCGUAUUGUUUUAUUUAUUUUCCAUCUUCUGCGCUUCAAUGACCAAGCUAGUUGACGAUGGUGCGCAAUUCUCCGCGCUUGUUGUCGGGGGCGUUGGAAUACCAAGACAACAUGAACCGGGGGACAACGACGUUCGGUUAGGGAUCAGCCCGUAUGGAGAGACCUCUCACUUCGCAGCCUUCAAUUUCAUUGCCCCCGCACAGAAGUCCCAGUUUAUUCCCCAAGUCUCCGGAUACGCAGCUGCGCUAGGAAGCCACUGCGGAGGGCACAUCGGUUCACAUGGAUACAGAGCUAUCGAUUCCAGGAAUAUUACGUUUACCUAUCGCACUCCAGAGAUUGUCGAUUCCGCAGCAAGAGAUACUCGACACGGAUUUUUAAGCCGCACCGCAACAGGAAGUGUGCGAAUUCCCCCAAGGUUCUCUGAAAACCGAGCGCACACUCUCUUUUCAUCUAUAGGUGAACAGAGCGCAUUCCCAAAUGGAUACAUGGCGAAUAGCAGGGCGCAUUUGGGUACACGGGGAGACAUAUUCGUGGGAGCAGAUCCGCAUCAACCUGUCUCGAGCCCGCACCCGCAUUUCAGCGAUACCCAGCUCCACUUUGAUCACAAUGUGGACAUGGGCAUGAGAGUGACAACACAGACUGGUCACGGUGCUUUCUUUCGAUACAUGCGACAGCACUCUAAGCAGGAUGUCACUUGUAAAUGGAUAGAUGCGAAUCAGACGAAUCAACUCCAAAAAACGUGCGGCAAGAUGUUUUGCUGUAUGUCCGAGCUGGUUACGCACGUCUCCGUGGAUCACGUCGGCGGUCCAGACCAGAGUCUGCAUACUUGCUUUUGGGAGGAUUGUCCGAGAGAAGGCAAAUCUUUUAAAGCGAAGUAUAAAUUAGUCAACCAUAUUCGUGUACACACUGGAGAAAAGCCAUUCAAUUGUCCCUUUCAUGGCUGUGGGAAAAUGUUUGCCAGGUCGGAAAAUUUGAAAAUACAUAAAAGGAUUCAUACGGGUGAGAAGCCCUUCAAAUGCGAAUUCGAAGGCUGCGACAGGCGGUUCGCAAAUAGCAGCGACAGAAAAAAACACAUGCACGUUCAUACCUCAGACAAGCCAUACAUCUGCAAGCUGUGCGACAAGGCCUACACUCAUCCAAGCUCUCUGAGGAAACACUCGAAGGUUCACAAAUCUCAAACCUCCGAGAACUCCCCAACGGAAACGUCUGGAUAUGAGUCGUCCACGCCACCAGCUCCGUGUAGACCUACAUCCUCAAACAUCAAAGACUCGACAAAAACAUCUACAUCUAUGCUGCUGGUCAAGCGUCAUAAGUCAAUAUUUAAAAAGGAUCUCUCAACCGAUUUGGUUGAAUGGUACGUUUGAAAGGGUUAACUGUCCAAGUGUAAACACUAAAACGUCAAUAGAAUUAGGAACACGGGCCUAUCGGCCUAUGUUUGACAAGUUUUCAACAAAGUUAUAGAAAAAACAGGGUAUAGGCCUAUGCAUUGCCUUAGUGUUACGCUUUAAAGGCGCCAUCAUAAAAUGCUGUAAUUUUGGAGUAAUUUCUAUUCUGUGUCCUCCCUCCCAAAUGUUUGGAAAAGUCUUAUCCUUGGAAUAGGCUACACAUUGACUGUAUAACAGAUGAAAAUGUGAGCCACGCAAAGCCUUUAAAUUAAUAGGCAGGCCUCUCUGUAUAAGCCUAUAGGCUACUGAUAAAUAGACAAAUAAAUGAAUACAUGAUGGAAGACAAAAAUAUACGAAAUGAAUAAGCAAAAGUCAAAUAGGCCUAUAGAAACCAAAUGUAUAAAAAGAAAGAAGGAAAGCAGAUGACCGAUGAAAUAUAUGAAUAAAUAGAGUUGAAGAACAGUAUAGGCCUAUUUGCAUUGUUGAUAGGCUAGCGCUAUUUGAGCUAUUUUGUCAGAAUCCGUUUUCAGACAGAAAACGAUAGGUCUACUGUGGUCGACAUUCCAUGUCGCCUUUAGAAAAGAACAGCAUACAAAUGAAUGCCUUUAUUUCUCUAUCUUAAAAUAUACCGUUUAUAAUAUCAUUUAUUUCAUUGUAUUUUUGUUGGAACGUAAUUAUAAUGUCGGUGUAUACAUUUAUGGAUAUAAAUAAAUCAAAUACAAAUUAUAUUUCUAA